CAAAACAGCAUGAGUGCUGGUGUUUUGCUUGGUGGAAAGGAGGAACAGCUGAUGAAUUCGUGUGUGUUCAAAUUGUGCUGUAGUGUUGCGACAGUGUUUUUGCCUCCGUCGUAGUGCAAAAGUAAAGUGGUAUCGGGUAAGAUGGCACAUGCAAGGUCCUUGCCACAAAGCAAGGAAGCGUUGCUAAAAUCGUACACGACAAGGCUGAGGGAUGAUGUUAAGUCUAUGCUGGAAAAUUUUGAUGAAAUAAUCAGAUUGUCGAAGGCGGAGAGUGAUACGCAGCUGUCGAAGAUGACACAGAGCGAACAAGACACAUUUGAAAUGCAUGUUCGUGCUGCUAAUAUUGUUCGCGCAGGUGAAUCUUUGAUGAAGUUGGUGUCUGAUAUCAAACAGUAUUUAAUAUUAAACGAUUUUCCCUCGGUUAAUGAGGCCAUCACACAAAACUCGAAGCUAUUCCGAACGAAGCAAGCAGAAUGUGAUCAGAAACUAAUGAGUCUUAGAGAUGACAUGGCUGCGGAUUUGUAUGAUCUGGAAGAGGAGUAUUACUCGUCAAUUUAUAAGUGACUGGACACCAUCUUGUGAGUGUUGUAAUUGUACUGGAGCGUUUUAGAUGUUCGAGAAACGUUAUUUUUCCACCCAUUUAACAUUGAAGUACCUGUGAAUUAUCUGUGAUGAGAUAAUACUUGUAUAUGGACGCAUGAAGUGUUUUGUUUUAAUUGUGACUGAUCAUACAAUCAGGCUCAAGUAUUGCCACAAGUCUUGUGGCAACUUUUUGUUCAACUGCAAACCAUAAAAUGGGUAUGAGUUAGCCAAAGUGUUCUUUAUUAUUCGUAUUUGAUCAACAAAUUUACUGUUGAGUGUGGAAAAGUGUUACUUUGUGUAAUGUAUUGCCCUAAAAUUUGAUUAAGAGAUCACCUUCAUUGAGCAAACAUUUUGCAUUGUGCAUAACCUACUGCCACAGUCUACAGUUUUCUGAUUGCUAUCUUGGAGACAUGUAUUUUUUAUAUAAAUAUUAACCAAGAAUGACAAACUUA